UUUUCAAUUUCUACGAAUGGCAUGAUUAAUCGUGCUUCCCUCCCCCAUAAGCUAAAUUAACGCAUACUCCCUCAUGCCAAAAACAAAAUUAGAAAAAAAAAGUUGAAUGCACUAACGUGUAAACCAGUUCGUCACUUUCACUUGACCUCCUCCGUCGCAGUUUUAAAAGCUCAUAAUGGGCCUAAACUGAUUUACAAAAGCCCAAUAUGUACUCCGUUCGCGAUUAGAGAGUCAAAUACUCUCUCGCUCGGUCAAACUUUGGUCUGGUUCUGGCACCGGUAUGUUCUGUAAUAACAUCACGACGUCUGCACUGACUCGAUCUCGGAGACUUUCUAUACAAGCUAUGGCACUUCGAUUACUAAGCAGCAGGAGGAGGCUUGGGAGCAUAGUUUUGAGUUACCGUUCCCCUCUUGCUUCCCUUCAUUCCCAUGCCACAAGUUUUGGUUUUCAACAAGUAAAGGAAGAAGAGAAAAGCAAGUUGGUUAGCAACGUUUUCACCAAUGUAGCUUCCAGUUAUGAUAUUAUGAAUGAUGUCAUGAGCGCUGGCUUGCAUCGGCUAUGGAAGGAAAGACUCGUUGGGAAGCUUAGCCCAUUUGCAGGGAUGAAGCAUCUUGAUGUGGCCGGUGGAACGGGUGAUGUUGCGUUUAGGAUCUUUGAUGCUGUUAACAGUGUCAAACGAAGAGCGUUGCGGAAAGUUGAUGAGGCUUCAAUUGAAGAAACUCAGAUCUACGUAUGCGACAUUAACCCCAACAUGUUGAACGUUGGGAAACAACGUGCUGCGGAGAGAGGUUUAAGUGACAACAGGUCACUCGUAUGGGUCGAAGGAGAUGCAGAGGCCUUGAGUUUCGAUGACGAUUCAAUGGAUGGAUACACUAUUGCAUUUGGGAUAAGGAAUGUUACGCACAUCGAAAAGGCUCUCGCAGAGGCUUACAGGGUACUAAAACGAGGAGGGAGAUUCUUGUGCCUUGAGCUCAGCCAUGUUGACAUUCCGGUCUUCAAAGAACUAUACGAUUUGUAUUCGUUCCAGGUAAUUCCAAAUUUAGGGGAACUAAUUGCCGGUGACAGGGAUUCUUACCAGUACUUGGUUGAGAGUGUUCGUCGGUUUCCUCCUCAGGAGCGGUUUGCAAAGAUGAUAGGGGAUGCAGGAUUUGAGAAGGUGGAGUACGAGAACCUUGUUGGUGGAGUUGUCGCCAUCCACUCUGCCAUUAAGCUCUGACCUUUCUCUCAUUUCUUUUGCUUGUCCAUUUUCUCUGUUUCAAAAACCAAACUGUAAAAGUUCUUAGGUUGAAAUAAAGAGAGAAUUUGAUUCACAAUUGUUGAGGUUUACGUC